UUGCUCGGGCGAGGGUGGGGGCGUGAGCGGACGGUGGCGUGAUGAGGCUGCUGGUGACCCCUGUGAUGCGGAAGUGUCUUCCCAGGUUGAAGUCAUUCAACAGGUUGCAAAUCACACUACGACACUUAAGUAUGACUAAGGAUCCUUCAGCUGAGGUUCUGUUGGAAAAAAGAGGGGGUGCUGGCAUUAUUACCAUGAACAGACCGAAAUCUCUGAAUGCACUUACUCUUUCCAUGAUUCGACAGAUCUAUCCCCAGUUAAAGAAGUGGGAGCAGGAUCCUGAAACUUUCUUAAUAUUAAUAAAAGGAGCAGGUGAAAAAGUGUUCUGUGCUGGGGGUGAUAUAAAAGCUAUCAAUGAAGCAGGAAAACAUGGAGACAAAUUAGCAAAAGAUUUCUUCAGAGAAGAAUACAUGUUGAAUAAUGCCACUGGCACCUGCAAGAAACCCUAUGUGGCACUUAUCGAUGGAAUUACAAUGGGUGGU